AUGGAUGAGUGUUUACCCAAUUCAUGUCUACUAGGUGUUCAUCUCGUCAUUUCAACUCAUUCGGGACCACAAAUAGUUUAUCACUAUCCACCCUCCAAUACAGCAUUUCUGACAAAUAAUCCAACGAAACACCAGCAUCUUUAUGGAAACCAUGAAGUACUGGAAAAAAAUACAAAUACAAGUAAGGGGGACAAAUUGUUCAAUUCCGGGUCCGUGAAGACAGCGUCCCAAAUACCCCAUAAUGAUUCAAUGAAUAAUUUCCAUGCCACCAUCACGCCAUCUAUGACAAAUACAAAUACUAAUAGUGGAACAUUGCCUUCCACAAUGUCGCAUGCUAAUAUUGUUGGAUCACAAAGCUCUAUUCCUACAGCUACUAAUGGUGUAAGUUAUAGAGAAGCCGAUAUGGGGAACAACUCUCGGACUUUCCAAUACUCAGAGCCCGAAUCUGAAUCAUCAUCAUCAGGGUUGAGUGACAGCGAAUUAUCCACAGACUAUUUGGAUAUUUCCAACGAUUCGUUUUCUAUAUCUUCUUCAUUAUCAUCGCCUUCUUCGUCUCCCUCUCCAUCAGGUUCAUCAUCAUCAUCACCUCUACAGGGUGGCUUAUCAAGGACUAAUUCAAGUUUCCAAUCUAUCGAUUCGAUGUCUCCGACCUCUCCACAGUUAACUAUCAGCAACGAUGGGAUUUCAGUAGCGGAAUCAUACCUAGAUUCGGCAACGAAUAAUAAACCAAAGGCUGUUUCCAAGAGAUCUCAGAACUUUUUUCAUAAAUUGAGUGCCAAGAAGAGCACCGAUUCGAAAACACAUUCUCCAAUAACAAAGCUUAAAUCCAAACCCUCGCAGAGUACAAACAAAGGCAACAAGAUGUUAAAUAAUACCUUCAAUGAGAAUGAUGGAAACGCUUUUACAGGAAGUUAUUCACUUUCUUCCAAGAAAUCUAUGUCGAGUGCAGGAGAGCAUAGCCAAGACUUCCGCAAUAAUAGCCUCACUGACACUCCUGGCCAAUCACCUCAACACUAUCACCAUCGUUAUCAUCACUAUCAAAAGACUGCUGCUAACAGCCAACGAAAUUCUUACACCCAGUAUGACGUCGAAGAAGAUAUGGAGGUUUCAACAAUGCUACAAGAUGGUAGAAUCUCUAUGAAUGAAAUAUUCUUCGAAGAGGAAAACUUCCAGGAUAUAAAUAAAAUUUUAGAAUUUGAUAAUGAUUUUGUUGCAGAAUUUUGUAGUCCUGAGAGGGAAAUGUGCAAUACUAGAUUCGAAUUCACAGUGGAUAACUUUUGUUUUUUAGGUUUACCUAUCCAUGUAGAUUCACAGGGUAGAUGGAGAAAAUCUAAGCAUAAAAAUAAAACUCGUUCCAAAAGAUCUUCAAGCACCACAACAAACAUUAGCAGAAAAAAAUCCAUUGCCUCCAAGAUUUCAUCACUGAGUGAGAACACCCUAAAAAAAAUAAACAGUGGCAACGUUGACACUGAUUACGACAGUAAUGCUGCUAAUGAGGGUUAUACUGAUACACCGAAUUUAAGGAUAGAUACAGACAUCCAUGGCGCUGAGUUUGAGAGAGAAAAAGAAGACUUGGGUAAUAACAUGAAUAUGUUUCAUGUAUGCUUUGUUAUGAAUCCGCAUUUAAUUGAAUAUAACAAAAGAAUUGACGAUAUGUAUCAAUUUGUUGUAACAAGGUUAUCAUUAUUGUUAAGGUAUGUGCAGUCAAAAACUUCAUAUAUUUCUAGCGAAUGCCAUAUAAUCCUGAAAGAAAGAGAAAGAGUGUUGAAACACUCGAAGACAUACCAAUCAAUAAAUGGCGCGGGGAACAAGGGAAAGUACCUAUACCAAAGAAUUUUAGCCAAAUCUUCGUUGGCUAGAGCAUUGACAGAAUGUGUUGAUAAAAUCCAACGAAACGAAAUUGCGUGUCUUGAGAUUAGUGACGAUAAAGUAAUUUCUUUACAAGUUCCAAUUCAAAAUGAGUUUGAGAAAAUGCCACAGAUCAAACUACAACCCGUAUUAAGAGGCUCAUAUCUGACAUCCAUCUUAAACAUGAAAUUUUUAGAGAAAUCAUCGCUAAGAAUUGAAGGCCAAAAUCGUCAAAGUAACCAGGCCCAAUUCAGCGAUGUUAAUAACAAUGCAUAUAAGUUCGGCAAUAAUGUUAAUAGCACCACCGGCCAUUGUGGAGCGCCGAAUAUUGAAGACAGAGACGACAAUGAAGGCAAUUACUACUGUGACGAUAACGAUGACCUUCUGAAUUAUGCACUGUUAUUAUUGGACGAACCAAAUAAUAUCAUUAGCUCCCUCGAAUCCUUUUCGUACCAAGACGAUAUUGGCACCAUCAUAUUGAAGCACUUAAUCAGAAAUUUACAGCCAAAUAUCCCGCUAAGAUCGUAUCGUUAUUUGAUAAAUGAGUUAUUAGAUAAUCCCUCUCCACAAGAAAUACUUACUUCUGAGACAAACUCAGUGGAAUCAAGCAUUCUGCGGUCUUGUGCGUUGCAUUUAAUGUAUUGGAGGCAUGCGAGAAUAGUAAUUCCACUUAGUUCCAAGUACACGUAUAUCGUUUCGCCGUUAGCUCCUAUUCAAGGUUAUACAAUAGAUGAUUUUAAAAGUAUUUCACAGAGUGACGGGAAACUAAAAAUAACGGAGAAGGGCGAAAAUAAUGAGGAGCGAAGUGACAAGAUACCAUUAAUUUACCAAAACUCACUACUGUUUAGAUCCAAAUUCCCAUCGUUGCCUACCCUGCCCAUUUUUCUGAGUUUGUUAUCAUCAGAUAAACCUCAAGCUUACAGUAACAUCAUUCCGUCAAGAGAACACAAGCCAGUUUACUUGGAUGCGUUAGCGUGGUUAAUACAGUAUGGAUACGUGACCCAAUUAUUGACAUUUAUCAAUAUCCGCGUGGAUAAACACAUAAAGAUGGCGGUGUACGAAGACUUAGAGAAAGAAGGAUUCCGUAAGACUAAUUCUACUGGGAGACUUGGCAUGGACAACAAGAAGACUGAUAAAAAAAUGGAUGACGAAGAUGAGCAAAACAGAGAUGCCAAUGCCAAUGAAGUGUGUCUGGGGGAAGUAGAAGGUGAGCAACCCAAGGACAGAAACAAGAACGACAACAAAGAUGAGAAUGACAAGGAUAACGAUGACGAUAAUGAAAUAGCAGUGAUCGAUGAAGAGGAAAUGCUACACUUUGAAUAUGAUGAUCCUGAGAUGCAACAUGACUAUACCAUAAUUUUGGAACCUGAAAGAGCCACAGCAAUUGAAAAAAGGUGGCUCUAUAGGUGUAUUCAUGGCCAGCCUUCAGAUAUCCAGAUUCUUUUCAAUAAAUUACUGAACUAUUUCAAUGGAAAGGUUCCUAUGGAGCUAGUUAUUAUCAAAGAAGAAAUCAGCAGACAUGACUUGAAGAAAUUGCUCAAUGCUUUAGAUAAAUAUUUAAUAGAGGUGCAUCAUUGGUGA